AUGACGCACCCAGAUAUCUCAGUCGACGUUCUUGUCAUAGGGGCUGGCCCCACCGGUCUAGGUGCUGCGAAGCGCCUAAAUCAGAUUGAUGGCCCAUCUUGGUUGAUCGUGGAUGCCAAUGAGACCCCCGGUGGUCUGGCUUCCACAGACGUCACCCCAGAAGGAUUCCUCUAUGACGUCGGCGGCCAUGUCAUCUUCUCCCACUACAAAUACUUCGAUGACUGCAUCAACGAGGCUCUCCCCAAAGAGGGCGACUGGUACACCCACCAGCGCAUCUCCUACGUCCGCUGCAAGGGCCUCUGGGUCCCCUACCCCUUCCAAAACAACAUCUCCCUGCUCCCCAAGGAGGACCAGGUCAAAUGUCUCGACGGCAUGAUCGACUCCGCUCUCGAAGCCCGCGUCGCCAACACAAAGCCCAAGGACUUCGAUGAGUGGAUUCUCCGCAUGAUGGGGACUGGCAUUGCUGAUUUAUUCAUGCGUCCUUACAACUAUAAAGUGUGGGCUGUUCCGACGACCAAGAUGCAAUGUGCCUGGCUGGGCGAGCGCGUUGCAGCUCCCAAUCUCAAGGCUGUGACCAGGAACGUCGUCCUGCAGAAGACAGCGGAUAACUGGGGUCCCAACGCGACUUUUCGCUUCCCCGCCCGCGGUGGCACCGGUGGUAUCUGGAUCGCUGUCGCAGAUACGCUCCCCAAGGAAAACACUCGAUUCGGGGAGAAGGGCAAGGUUACCAAGGUUAAUGCCAGCAACCAGACUGUUUCUCUUGCUGAUGGCACUACGGUCGGCUACCAGAAGCUCGUUUCCACCAUGCCGGUAGACAUGCUAGUCGAGCAGAUGGGGGACAGGGAAUUGAUCAAUUUGAGCAAGGACCUGUUUUACUCCUCCACCCAUGUCAUCGGCGUUGGUAUCCGAGGUGAACGGCCCGAGAGAAUAGGCGAUAAGUGCUGGCUCUACUUCCCCGAAGACAACUGCCCCUUCUACCGCGCAACAAUCUUCUCAAACUACUCCCCACACAACCAACCACCCCCCACCAUUAAACUCCCCACAAAACAACUAGCCAACGGCUCCAAACCCUCCGACUCUGCCCCAAAACCCGGCCCAUACUGGUCCAUCAUGCUCGAAGUCUCUGAAUCCUCCCUAAAGCCCGUAAACCACUCAUCGCUGCUUGCCGACUGCAUCCAGGGCCUCAUAAACACCGAAAUGCUCCAGCCAACUGACGAAAUCGUCUCCACCUACCACCGCCGCUUCGACCACGGGUACCCGACCCCAUCUCUGGAGCGCGAGGGUGUGCUUACGCAGCUGCUCCCGCGCCUUCAGGGGAUGGAUAUCUGGUCCCGCGGCCGCUUUGGGAGUUGGAGGUAUGAGGUCGGAAAUCAGGAUCAUUCGUUUAUGCUUGGGGUGGAAGCAGUGGAUAAUAUUGUGAAUGGGGCGGUGGAGUUGACGUUGAAUUAUCCGGAUUUUGUCAAUGGGCGGAUUAAUGGGGAGAGGAGGUUGGUGGAUGGGGCGCAGGUGUUUGGGAAGAAGAAGGGGGUUGUUGAGAGAAAUUAG